AUGGCCAACCAACAACCCAGCUGGUAUUCCGGGCUCACCGAGCUGACUAUUGUACCCGGCGAGUACUACUACAUCGUCCGCAUGAUCUCGUUCUUUUUUAUUACUCUUGCCAUCGCGCUCAUUCUUCCGGUCCUUGCCCUCGUCGUGUACGACUUCGCUCUCUGGAUUUGGAGACUCGCCUCGUCGAAGCCCACCCCGGUCACCCCAGCGAGCACGAGGGCAAGUGAAGUCGUUGAGGGCCAGAAACCUGCAAUACACGGGGUCGCAGAAGAAGAAUACGGUCAAAACACAACUACCUAG